AUGCGGUCGAUAUCACGAGGUGUUACAACGAAUAUCAAGAAAUUGAUCGAAUCGCGACCGCAAACUCCUGGACAAACCGUUUAUUUAACUCAUGUAAAAUGGAUAACGGGUAAAAAUCAAUUAGAGCAAUACUUUAAGAGAUAUGGAACAGUUCAAAGUGUUAAUAUGUUCUAUGAUUCCGUAACCGGUCUUCAUCGGGGAUUUGCUUCUGUGACAUUCGACUCAAGAGAAAGCGCCAACAAAGCUAUAGAGCAACGCCCCCACGUCAUAGAUGGAGAUAGGGUCGAUGUUGAACCUUACAUCCCAAUCAUUUCAAAGAACAAGAAGAAGGAUGUUAUUCUGUAA